AAUGGAACUAAUGAAAAAAAAACACAACCAUCGCAAAGUGAAAUUUCUGUACACAGGAACGCUGGAAACAUCCAGUUACGAUACACACGUCUCUCCUCUCGGGAAAUGUGCAGACUUAGUCGGCACAUUGAAGUCGAGUGGGACACUCUUGCUGGUCUUAUGGAUAUACCCAGAGCAGACAGAAACGACAUUCGAGAUAACAUACUAUACAAUAAUAAUUGUUCUCGAGCUGAAAAAAUUCUAUCGAUUUUCAACCACAAGGAAGAUUUCUCGCGUGAAAAUCUGGCUUACUGUUUGAAAGAAAUCAACCAGUUAGAGUUAAUUCGACCAGUUACCACAGGGGAGUGGAGAAGCUGA